AUGUUCUCAGACAAUGAAGGCUGUGUCUCACAAAGCUCGACAUGGGAUGGUGCACCACUGGGUUCCCGCUCUCUGCUCAGCUGUGCUGUUGUGAUGGGGCUCCAGGCUGGGACAAGUUGGCUUCGUGGGGACCUUGUCCUCCUACCUACGGUGGUGGCGAUGCUUCUCCUCUGUGCAAGUGCUGGUCCAGCAGCACCCACUGCCAGCUCCCGGAGUGGGUUCCCCGCAGACUGCAGCCAUCUCCGCAAGGCCAGCCCCAGCGGGGUGUACGUCAUCCAGCCGGCGGGGUCACCUCCACGCGUGGUGUGGUGUGACAUGGACACCGAAGGCAAAGGCUGGACUGUUGUCCAGAGAAACUCUCAUGACACUGAGCUCACAUGGAAGCAAUCCUGGACCACAUACAAGUAUGGCUUUGGAAACGUGCAGGGCGAUCACUGGCUGGGCACUGAGUACCUGCACCUGCUGACACAGCAGGGCACAUACAAGGUCCGCUUCAUCGUGCGGAAUAAAGCCAAUGUCACCCAUUACGCCGAGUAUGACAUCUUCAGGGUGGAGAGUGAGGCUAGCGGGUACCCGCUAAGGCUGGGACGAUAUUCUGGUGAUGGGGAUGACUAUCUGACCAGCUAUCACCCCAAGAAGGGGGGCAUACAUGACAACAUGAAGUUCAGCACGACUGACAAGGACCAGGACCAAUACAGAGGGAACUGCGCCAACAGCUACGGGGGCUGGUGGUACGACAAGUGCCAGAACAUCCUGCUCAAUGCCAAAAAACACAUCCUUUGGCCAGGAUUUUGUGAUAAUGGUGAUUGUGCAUCCUCCCUUAUCCUGGUCAAACCCACAGAUGUGUGCUGA